AUGUGCACGGCGUACGCACGCUCAUUGACGGAGCGGUACUCUGUGACAGCAUGCUACCAUGUGUCAAGCCAUCAAGGGCUCCCUCCGGGGCUUGCUCUGAUUAUCUACGCCGCCCAGCGCCCCAGCAGAGCCCGGCUUGGACGAAACCGAGCCAAAGACGUCGAGCCGUUCGGCGCGGGGCUUCAUGCAAGCAAAGCCAGAGGCGUUAGGGGGGAUCCGGGAUACGCAACAAUCGAGAUGGGCUCCAUCGGCCGCUCAACGGCUGCUGUGAGCCCAUUCCGAUUGGCCUCACCCGCCGCUUUAGCACGGCCACCGACGUCUCCUCCCCCAGCUGACAGCACCAAGGCACGCCAGCUUCUUCAAGUUUGCACGCCCAUGGCCCGGGGCUGCUGGCGAUACAGGGCCGACGGCCGACACUCGCUGGGCCUCUUGUUUGCCCUUCUUGACGGCCGCCCGUCUGCCUUUGCCUUCUCCUCUUCUGCAGCCAGUGCAUCCUUUCCCGUGGCUGCGCUCCUUCGCUACAUCUGGUUCUUGGCCCCAACCCACGCAGCCCUCAUUGGACAGAACCGCUCCAGAACCUAA